CGCCAGGAGUUAAUCUCAGAGCGCGGGGAGGGCGGCCCGCGGUCUGGCGUCUGGUUUACCGGCUUCUCCCUUCGGAGGGUGAGAGCCGAAACUAGGCGGCGGGACGUGAGACCCGAGUCCUAGGCUCCAGAAGUAACUUUCCACAGAGACCAGCAGAGAGUGAGCGAAUAUGAAGUCCAAUCCUGCCAUCCAAGCCACCAUCGACCUCACCGCGGGGGCCCUCGGGGGUAUAGUGUGUGUCCUGACCGGGCAGCCCUUCGACACAAUGAAAGUGAAGAUGCAGACGUUCCCCCGCCUGUACAAGGGCCUCAUGGAGUGCUUCCUGAAGACUUACUUCCAAGUGGGCGUGCGGGGCUUCUACAGGGGGACCGGCCCUGCGCUGGUGGCCUACAUCGCCGAGAACUCGGUCCUUUUCAUGUGCUACGGUUUCUGCCAACAGUUUGUGAAAGGAGUUGUUGGACUGGACAAGCGGGCAAAGCUGAGUGACCUACAGACUGCAACCGCUGGGUCUUUUGCCUCUGCAUUUGCUUCCCUGACACUGUGCCCCACUGAGCUUGUGAAGUGUCGGCUACAAACCAUGAGAGAAAUGGAGAUGUCAGGGAAGAUAACAAAAAGUCAACAUACAGUUUGGUCAGUCGUGAAGAGUAUUCUUAGAAAUGAUGGCCCUUUGGGUUUCUACCAGGGACUCUCCAGCACUCUGCUGCAGGAAGUACCAGGGUAUUUCUGCUUCUUUGGUGGCUAUGAAAUGAGCCGGUCUUUUUUUGCUUCAGGAAGAUCAAAAGAUGAACUAGGCCCUGCCCAUUUGAUGUUAAGUGGUGGAUUUGCUGGAGUUUGCCUUUGGCUUGUCGUAUUCCCAGUGGAUUGUAUCAAAUCCAGAAUUCAGGUUCUUUCCAUGUCUGGAAAACAGGCAGGAUUUACUGGAACUCUUUUAAGUAUUGCAAAAACUGAAGGAAUCGCGGUCUUAUAUUCUGGACUGAGCGCUACUAUGAUUAGAGCCAUCCCUGCCAAUGGGUCACUAAUUUUGGCCUAUGAAUAUAGCAGGAAGAUGAUGAUGAACCAGUUUGAAGCUGAAGUGUCUUGGUGAACCUGGAUCUAAGUACACAUCUCUUUAGUACUGUUGUUUAUCUCUUCUCCCCUAAGUCUAAACCUUUAUGUAAGAACCUCUAUUUUACAUGACACAAUUUUUGCAUAUAAUGGUAUUGAAAUAAAAAUUGCUGCUCUUGUGCUGGGUGGGUUAUACAGAGUGAGUGGGUGGUCCUCUGCCUAAACUGAAGGCUAAAUACAGUUAUAUCAGGGCUUUUGUAUAAAACUGUACAUUUACAUGUAGUUUGGCUGGCAAUGUGAAAGAGACAAGUUUGGUUCCUGGUUAAUCUAUCACCAGGAGAAUAUAAUUAACAAUGUUUCAUGAAGAUGGUUAUAGAUGAUUGCUUAUCUACUCAAGAUAAAAGGGCUCUUAAAAACUACAAAAUAUGUGUACUGUACUAGGCAAUUUAAGUGCUACAGAGGUUUUUGGGUGGUGUUGGAAAAUCAAAAUACCCUCCUAAGAUUUUUAAGAGGAGAAUAUACCUGUAUAUUUGGUAUGGUGUCCAUAUUCUUGAAUUAAAGUUUUGGAGUAGGCAUGCUGAACUUUCCCAAGAGGCUCUAGACUCUUAAAAUUGUACCUUUUGUUUUCAAGGAGGGAUCAUAUUCCAUGCUCUGUUAAAUGGGGCAUAGAGCAUCAAGUAGCAACUGCUGUCAUCUGUACUUAACUUCUUCUCUCCCAAAGAGCUUCCUCCCUUUCUGGUAAGCUUUAGUUUGAGGUAAGGGGUUGAGAGGUUAGGGCUAUGCAGCUAUGCUCUGAUGAAGACCCACAUAGCUGACAACAGUCCUUAGCUUGCAGUCUCUGGGUCCUGGCUGGGGUAGUGUUCCAGGGGGCUGGUUCUGUUGGCCCAUUUAGGGGUUGUUGAUCCACUCUGAAUCAUUCUCUGCCUCCACCAAUCAGAACCCUUCCAGUGAACAGAGUGGCAAAAGCCAAGAGCAGCUUUUGUUCCCUGUUUGGUGAACAAGUGGCAGUACUUGUGGAUGAAGUUCUCUUUUCUCAUGCAGAACUAGACAGAACUUAGUGAUUGCAUUCCAGUGAGUAAUGUUAGGGCCACCCCUCCCUGAGGUUUACCUCAUAGUCCAUAACUCCUUGCCAUGCCUUUAUAGUGUUGGAUCCAUAUAAAUUUGGUACUGGCCAUCAAUGAAUUUUAAUGAUGACUUUAUAAAGCAAUGAAACAUAAGAAAAGUAAUUUUAUUAAAUCAUACCAUAUAUGUAUAUAUGCACUGACAAAAAACUUCAAUACCAAGAAACCAUAGUUCAUCUGAUCCCCACAGACUGGGUGAUGAGCACCUGUUCUUUGGCCAUUAAGAAGUUGAUUCUUAUCACCACUAGAGAAAGCCUCAUCACUCCUGGCUGCUACAAGAUCAAUGGAAUCUCUCUCAGUAAGAAGAGUUCUUAAAAGCUUGUAAAACUGAAGGCAAACAGGCUACCAAUUUUAAUAAUAGUUACAUAGAAUGUGCGCCUGUACUAUCAUCAGAUUGUAAACUUUGUAUUAAAUCUCCAGUUUCCUUUGGCUUUUGCCAUCAGUGAAACCUCUGCAGUAACUGUAGCCAUAAAACAGAAGCCAGGGGAUCAAGGGAAUCAAGAUGUUGACAAGUAAGGGCUGCAGCAGACAUCUGGGGAGAGAUGCUCAGUGUUCUGCCUGGAGUGCUCGAGAGCUAUGGCUGGUCUUUCCAUUUGCUUUUUUGUUAAAAAAAAACCUCCUUUUCUACUUUAUUUUAAAGCUAUGUUAUAUAUUCCAUCCUUAAAUGGUUCAGUAGUUACUUAGUGGGAUUUCAUCUAAGCAGGUCUAGAUUAAGGCAGAAUAGAGAACAGGACUGACUUCCUGCCUUGUAUCAUUUACAACACACUACAUUGAGCUCUGGGUAUUCAGUCAUUAAUGAGGUCUGAUUUCUGUUCUCCAGGAUCUACAGGUCUAGAUGUUUAUUUUACAAUUAGAAAAGUGAUAUUCUAGAAUAAAGCUUAGAACACACACACACUCACACACACCAUUAUAGAUGUGUAUAUAAAACCAGUUGCGGAAUCUCAAAAUUUAAGGAAUGAUGUCUGUACAGUAUGACAACUGAGGAAAGAACUCUAAAACCAGAAUAACUAUGAAAAUAGACUCAUUCAGGCUCAUGGGGCCCAAAAUGAAAUGGAAUCAGGUGUUUGUGCCAGGAAAUGGGACUGGGCAUGUACCCUGCGUUCCUGGAAACCACAGCUGCCAAACCCCUGCAGAAAUCUACUCAAAAUCUGGAAAGUUCCCAGCCACCUCUUGAUAGAGACCAAUAGGUACAGAGUUUUGGUUUGAACUCACUUGUCAGCCAUUUGGGAUUAAUUUUUCAUUUUGCAACUUUUAACACCUAUUUUGUGGCUUUUAUCACCGAUUUUAUGUUUUUACCUUAAUAAAUCUGGGGAGCCACACUUUCAAUUUGUAUGGGAAAGUGGCAUUACCUGGUUUGCAAACUGCAAUAAAGGCUUUAUAUAUCUUCCAAAUUUUCUUCUUGAUCCAAUUUUUUGUUAACUUUUUGGCCUUUGUUUUUAUAUUGUGGUUUUUUUUUUUAUAUUUAAAAUAGUUCCAUGGAGGGUUUUUUC